CCUGAACACGUCUCAUCUGGACCAGUGACAACUAAGCUCCAGCCUCUUAAUAAGACAUAUGUGCCAUUUUGGAGGGGGGCUGUGGGUCUCCUCAGUGCUUUGUGAGUGGUGCUGUGUGCGCAAGGGCACAGGGCCCCCGCCAUAUUGCAAAGAGGAGCCCAGACCACAUGCUCAACACGGAGACGACUCCAACCCCCCACCCCCCAAACCCGCCCGUGAGCAUCCUCUGUAACACAGAAGAAACCAUGUCUUCACGGCCAAUCACAAUCAUUUCGACUAAUGCAACACCAGUGAGCAGCUAUACUGUGACAGAUCUUCAUGGUGCCAGAGGGUGCCAGUGCGUGGAGUCUGAGCCAGGACUGUGUGGGGAGGCACACCUCGGCCCCACAAAGGACCACAGCAGCAGCUGCUGCUGCAGUGCCAGCCAUGCUGGCCCUCUGUCCCACACACCCUGGCUAGGAGGAAGACUGCCCAAAGUCCAAGUGCCCGGCGAGGCUCCCAGAGGGGAGAGUGAGAGAAGGAACGCUCUUCUGAUCGGCACGCUGAAGAUCCCGCUCCUCUUCUUCCUCCUCUAUAGCUUCGUCUGCUCUCUGGACACCCUGAGCUCCUCGUUCCAGCUGGCUGGAGGUAAGGUGGCAGGAGGCAUUUUCCAGGACAACGCAAUCCUGUGUAACCCUGUGGCGGGGCUGGUGGUUGGCAUUCUGGUCACGGUGUUGGUGCAGAGCUCCAGUACCUCCACAUCGAUCAUCGUCAGCCUUGUUUCCUCUGGCCUGUUAGAAGUGAAGUCUGCAGUCCCUAUAAUCAUGGGCUCCAACAUUGGCACAUCCGUCACCAACACCAUUGUUGCUUUGAUGCAAGCCGGCGAGAGGAGUGAAUUCAAACGGGCAUUUGCAGGUGCUACAAUCCAUGACUGCUUCAACUGGCUUUCUGUCCUGGUGCUGCUCCCCCUAGAGGUGGCCUCGGGAAUACUCAGCAUCCUGGCACGAGCCACCAUUAACAGCUUUCAUCUUCAGAGUGGCGAGGAGGCGCCCGAGCUGCUGAAGGUCAUCACCGAGCCCGUCACUAAGCUCAUCAUACAGCUGGAUAAGUCUGUCAUAACGGGCAUCGCCUUGAAAGAGGAGAACGUGAAGAACCGCAGCCUUAUCAAAGUGUGGUGCGGAAGCAAUCUUCUCACGCCAUCAUGGAAUUCAUCAGUAGCUCAUUCUCCGAACUGUUCCUCCCUGAUGCACUGUGGGAAGGAUGGCAACCUCACCUCAUCAGUUAACGCAGAAAGAUGUUGGCAUCUGUUUGCCAACACUGACCUCUCCGACUUGUCCGUGGGUCUGAUCUUGCUCACUGGCUCCCUGGUAGUGCUCUGCUCCUGUCUCAUCUUCAUCGUCAAGGUCCUAAACUCAGUCCUUAAAGGUCAAGUGGCAAGGGUCAUCCAAGGGGUCAUCAACACAGAUUUUCCAUACCCCUUUGGCUGGCUGGCAGGAUAUCUGGCCAUGUUUGUUGGUGCAGGAAUGACAUUUCUAGUGCAGAGUAGUUCAGUCUUCACCUCUGCAAUGACGCCUCUUAUUGGGAUCGGUGUGAUCAGUCUAGAAAGAGCAUACCCUUUGACCCUGGGUUCCAACAUCGGUACAACAACCACGGCGAUCCUAGCGGCACUAGCCAGCCCAGGAGACAAACUGCCUGCAGCUUUUCAGAUCGCACUGUGUCACUUUUUCUUCAACACCUUUGGGAUCUUGCUGUGGUACCCACUGCCCUUCAGCCGCCUGCCCAUACGCAUGGCGUCCGCUCUGGGCGAGCGCACGGCUAAGUACCGCUGGUUUGCCGUGCUCUACUUGCUGCUCUGCUUCCUGCUUCUGCCCUCGCUCGUAUUUGGCUUGUCGCUGGCUGGCUGGCAGGCCAUGGUGGGUGUGGGUGCCCCCUUCGCUAGCGUCGCUACCUUCAUUGUCCUGGUGAACGUGCUGCAGUCACACAGCCCGGCCCACCUGCCCAAGCGUCUGCGCAGCUGGGACUUCCUGCCGCCCUGGAUGCGCUCUCUCAAGCCCAUGGACAAGCUCAUCACCAAGGCAACGGCCAUGUGUUGUAGCUCCGCCCGGUCUGCUGCCGCUGCAGACCCAGAGGCCCCUAGCAGCCUCGACACGGCCAACGUAGCAUCUGUGCCAUCUCAGAAGAAAACCUGGCUGGCAUAUGACAACCCAGUGCAGUCGUGUCAGGAGGAGUCACCUCCACAACCAUUGGUGUUCAAACUGAAGGGACUGGAACGAUGCAACAGCACACCUCUGUAGAAGUGAAAUGACCAAUCACAGACCAUUUGUUUUAUAAGAGUUCAAUUUGAUUGGCUCUCAGUUUGAAACGUUAUGAUUAGAGCCAGUCUGCUGCUGGCAGAAUAAAGCACCUUUCACACUACACAGCCUUCAACAUUUUCAUACCCAUGCAUGUACCUAGGGGGAAAUCUGAGGGUUGUGUGGACAUCCCCUAUUGUGCUUUUGGCAUGCAAGAACACCAAAGCAAAUGAUACUCUGUUAUGGUUUGUGUGUGCUGGAAUUUGUAGAUUUUGUAAGGUUAAAAAACAGUCAGUCUUUGGGCUGUUUAUUUUGAAACAUAUAUUGCUGGAUGUCUUUUACAGCUGUUACAGAAAGCUAGGUGCUGUCCAAACACUGCACCAGUGAGAGCUAACGCCGAUCGGUACAGUGUCACCACUAACAACCUUGUCCGACUGACUGUGUGUUACUAAGCUUGGCCUGCUUGAAGAACAACUAACUGGAAGAUACCUGUAGCUUAAAACAAUACUUGAAAACAUCGUCUUGAAAACAUUUAAUACAACAUAAAAGUUGUAUUAAAAAAAGUAGCAGUUACAUUCCAAGGCAACAGCCAAGGCAACAGCCAUGAAAGAUGACAAGGCUUAGAAACACAAACACGUUUCAUGUUUCUUUUUGUUGGUCGGGGUCUAGCCUUGGCCCUUCUGCAGCUGUUCCUCAUUACACUUCCUUUGAAUUUUGCUAUUUUAAUGAAAUCUUAUGCAGUGCUAUUGAGAAGCUAAUGCAACCUCAACUUUCAUAUGAAACUCUGAUUAAGUGAUGUAUGAUAUUUGUAAUAUAGUAAAAUAUGUAUGGCAUUUGUAAUAGAACACAUUUAACAAAUCUCUUUAAAAAUGGCAAACAUCAAUAGUAUUUUGUAAAUAGUAUCAUUUAUAAUGUGUGUGUGUGUGUGUGUGUGUGUGCGUGUGUGUUUACACGCUUGCUCUCUGGUGGAGUGGUUUUGUUAUGCAGAAACUCUUAACACUCCAGAUCACACUCCAACCCCUUCACACACAGGUGAAAUUUUUCCCAUCCCACAGGAAGGGAUGAAGACUGCUCUAAGCAGAUGGGUUUCUGAAAUUACCUCUAGACAAGCAUGUCACCAUUCAGCUGCCUGAAUGACUGAGAACACAGGCACUGGAAAGUUAAAUAACCAAUUUGUUACUGUCAAAAGAAUUAGAAUGAUGCAGAUGGGCAUCUUUCCACAUCACUUGGCUUGCAAUCAAUAAAUGCAUAAUCAAUGUCUCUCUCUCGCUCACACACACACACACACACACACACAAAAUUGUAGCAAUAUUGUUCAUGUGUAUUAUUGUAAUUUAUGAUCUCUGAUCUCUGGUCUUGGCAAUAGAUAAAAUGGGUUAAAAAAAAGAAAUCAAGGUAACUGUUUUUGUUUUUUUUUUAAAGCAGCUCAGACUGACUUUGCACUUUAUUAUAGCAAAAGGAUUUGUAAUUGUGAAAGAGAAAAAUGUACAAAUGCCAGUGAUAUUUUAUGUAUAAUUAAAAUGAGAAC